GGUGGCUCCAUCAUAUCCUUGUGUCCUUCUGAAAGCUCCUCCAUCACACUGUCCUCCUCCUUAUAUUCUUCCUUUACAACAACAUUAUAAUCGCCAAGGUUUCCACUCUGAAACAUAUAAUAUAACAUUCACUGUAACAAACAUUCUGUGUAUAAAUCAUAACUGCCAAUGAUUGUUCCUCAUCUACCCAAUCAUGGUGAGGGAUGGUGUGACCUUCCUGUGUGGAAUCCCGGGAAUACAGAGGACGGGGACAUCUCUCUGGUGGGUUCCUGUGAUUGUUCCUCAUCUACCUGAUGAUGGUGAGGGAUGAUGUGACCUUCCUGUGUGGAAUCCCGGGAAUACAGAGGACGGGGACAUCUCUCUGGUGGGUUCCCAUUACUGGAUCCAUCUACCUGAUGAUGGUGAGGGUUGGUGUGACCUUCCUGUGUGGAAUCCCGGGAAUACAGAGGACGGGGACAUCUCUCUGGUGGGUUCCCAUGACUGGAUCCAUC